CGUAGUUCUUUCUCACAAUCCCCGGAUUCAGACAGGCGCACAUCACGAAGAAUAGCCUCUCUGCUGCUCAACGGCACACGACACGAGGUGUACAGCAGCAACAUGUCUGACGAGGGAAAAUUGUUCGUCGGCGGACUUAGCUUCGACACAACGGAGCAGUCCCUUGAAGAUGCUUUCUCAAAGUACGGAGCCAUCUCAAACGUUCACGUUGCCAGACAUCGGGACACUCAGCAACCGCGUGGUUUUGGAUUCGUCACAUUUGAAAACCCGGAUGAUGCUAAAGACGCCAAGGAUGGGAUGAAUGGAGAGUCUGUCGACGGAAGAACGAUCCGCGUGGACAAGGCCGGAAAGCCUGGCGGUGGUGGUGGCGGCGGCGGUGGCUACCGUGGCGGCGGAGGAGGAGGAUAUGGCGGCGGCGGAGGAUAUGGAGGAGGCGGAGGAUAUGGCGGCGGCGGAGGAUACCGUGGUGGUCGUGGCAGAGGAGGAUAUGGAAGUGGCGGCGGCGGCGGCGGAGGCUGGUGAUCGUGGAUAAUGCUGACCAAAAACAACUGGGCACAUCUUACUGCAUCGCAGCGCAACCUUUAAAGCAGGAUGCAGUAAGCGGAACGCUGAGCAACCUCUUCUUGGACUGUAAUACACCUAACUCUGCGUAAGCGUCCCUGGAUAAAUAAGUUAAUCAAUCUUGUAAAAAAAGCUGCGUAUGUCUACGACGUUAAUGAUAUGCGUGUGUUUCCAAACGUUCCUCAGGGAUCAAAUUUUCCAUUAACAGGAAAUGAGCCCUGGUCUAACUGUUAUAUAAUGCAAUGUUAUGUUGAAAUGGAUCAAAAAUAAAGAGUUAAAGCGA